AUGCGCUCUAAAAGAUCAUCCCAUGCGGUCAGCAACAGUUCUGGAGAUACCAAUGACAACAAAGCUGUCCAAAACAAACAUGAGUACAGAGACAGACGGGGUCGAGCUGUUUAUGGCCAUGAGGUUGCAGACUCGCUAGCUUUUAAAGACAACGCAAACUUUGACGACGAUAACAACGAUAGCAACAGUGACGACGACGAUGACGACUACAGCACAUCCAGUAGCAAUUCCAUCGAUGCCUCUAAGCAAGCCUGCAAAGAUGUAGAGGAUAUCGUCAGUAUCCUUGGGGGAUUGGAGUUCACAGGUGCCACCGUCAAUAUGGAUGCCGCGAAGAUUCCAGAUGGCAGCCGCCUGAUCGAUAAGUAA